AUGUGUUCGCUUUUCAAUUUCUCCGUCGUUUUAGUGUUUUUCGGCGUGACAGUACAUGGAGCCAACAUACUUUGCUUAAUGGGAGUAGCCAGUCCCAGUCAUCAUAUAUGGAAUCGAGCAAUUAUGGACGGACUUGCCCGUCAAGGACACAACCUAACCAUCCUGUCCGCAGAUGUGGAAACAAAUCAACCGGACAACGUCCACUACGUACAUCUGGAGGAAAUCUAUCCCACGCUCUACUCCGGACCCGAUUCUAUCGAUCUCCUUGAGAUGGCGAAUGAAAACCUGUUCAAAAGUGUCAUCUCCUUUUAUCGAGAUUUUGUUGUGCAUGAGUGUGCAGGAACACUAAAAUCGAAAGGUUUAAAAUAUCUGAUGGAUUAUCCGGAUGAUUUUCGGUUCGAUCUUGUAUUGCACGAUUUUACUUGUGGACCAUGUUUGCUUGGCGCGCUGCAUAAGUUCAACUAUCCUCCGUUGGUUAGUGUGACCGCCUUCAAUAAUCCUCCCUAUUCGACGGAAGUUAUCGGUGGGCAUAAGUUUUACUCGUACGUGCCAUUUUAUUCGCUCAGCUACGACACGGACAUGAGUUUCUUCCAGCGUGUGCAUAACACUCUGCUCAGUCUUACCGAUAUGUUCUAUCGUAACUGCAUUUCCAAUCCACGUAUUGAUGCGAUGAUGCGGGAAUACUUCCGGUACGAAGAUCUCCCCUACGCUCCAGAGCUGCACCAAAGAUCGAAGCUUAUGCUGGUGAAUGCACACUACUCGAUCGAUUUCCCAGAAUCUGCUCCGCCAAAUCUGAUCCCCGUCGGUGGUGUGCAGAUUCGUGAUCCGGCCCCGCUACCAACCGAUCUGGAGCAGUUUAUAAACGCAAGUCGUAAAGGGGCCGUUCUGUUUUCGCUCGGCACUAACGUACGCAGCGAUCAGCUCGAUAUUACGCGACAGCGAAUGAUCAUCGAUGCGCUACGUCAGCUGCCGGAUUAUCAUUUUCUGUGGAAGUUUGAAACGGACCUAACAAUUUCAUUGCCGAAAAAUGUGAUCGUACGACCCUGGAUGCCUCAGAACGAUCUGUUAGCGCAUCCAAACAUGAAGGCUUUCAUAACGCACGCAGGAUUGCUGAGCACUCACGAAGCCACGUGGUAUGGCGUACCGAUCGUGGGCAUCCCAUUCAUCGCAGAUCAGCACAGAAAUUUAGAACGAUGCGUCCGGUCGGGUAUAGCUAGACGUGUGACUUUCCAAACAAUGACUACCGAACAGCUAAGGGAUGCCAUCAGAGUGGUCCUGGAGGAUCCCAAAUAUCGCACCAAUAUGGCCAAACAGUCGGCACUGUUUCGUGAUCAGCCAGAGAAACCGCUAGAUCGUGCGAUUUGGUGGAUCGAAUGGGUACUGCGUCAUCCCGAUGCAACGCAGCUUCAAUCGCCGGUUUUAAAGCUGGGAUUUCUGAAGACGUACCUCCUGGAUGUUGUACUGUUUUUCGUUGCGUUCCCUGUUAUCGUUGUGCUGCUGCUGAAAAGAUGCAUGACAAAGCCGCAACAGCUUUCAGACAGCAAAAAGCGAAACUAA